GUAUUAAAUCCACCUCUUUCAUAAAACCCAACUUUCCCAUUUGACUAUAAUUCACACAACUCUAAUUCCUUCUCUCUACCCUUUCUCUCUCUCUCUCUCUGUGCAAUGGAAAACGAUGAAGAAUGCAUCACUGGGUUGUGUUUGGGACUGGGAAUGGGAGGGCAUGUUCCUAAAAGGGCUAAGCAUAAAGAGAACAAGCCUGUGAAGUGCCUUGACCUAGCGUUUGAGCUUUGUCCAAAAGAAGAAGCCAUGAACGUGAAUCAUAAUAUUGAUUCUGAUAACCCCAAUGAAAAGAGCACCGAUUCUGAUAACAGCAACAACAACAACAACAGCGGUUGCAGAAAGAAACUGAGGCUUUCCAAGGAGCAAUCAGCCAUGCUUGAGAACAGCUUCAAACUACAUAGCACUCUUAAUCCGGUUCAGAAACAAGCACUUGCUGAUCAAUUGAAUUUAAAGGCUAGACAAGUUGAAGUUUGGUUUCAGAACCGAAGAGCAAGGACGAAGCUGAAACAGACAGAAGUGGACCGGGAGUUUUUGAAAAAGCACUGUCAAAAUCUAAGUGAUGAGAACAGACGAUUGAAGAGGGAAUUGCAGGAACUACGUGCACUUAAGGUUGGACCGUCGCAGUUAUGCAUUCAACUAUCCAAAACUACGACUCUGACUAUGUGUUCUUCGUGCGAGAAACUAGGAAAGAACAAUAUAGAGUUAGAGGGUAGAAAUUAAUUAAAUUAAAUUGAUAGGUAUAUUGAUCGAUCAUUAGAUGAAAAUAUUGGAAUAUAUCAUAUGGAGCAUCCAUUUUCUGAUUACAAGGAAAGACACAAGUACAUAUUA